CCGAUUAGUAUACAUCGAACAAUAGCAAAAUGAAGGUUCUAACAAUUGCGGUAUUCGCGGUUCUCUGCGCCGUGGUCGCUGCCAGGCCGAAUGGCUUUGGCUGGGGACGCUACCAGGGAGGCUGGGCAGGAAAUGCUCAGCGCGGCGGCUGGAAUGGCAACGGUGAUCAAUGGCAUGGUAACUCCGGUAGCUGGGGCAACAAUUUGGAUCAUGGACGCUGGAAUCGUAAUGGGGACAGAUGGCAUGGCAACUUUGGCGGCUGGCAUAGCGAUGUGAACGGUUGGCACAGAGACGAGCGCUGGGAACAUCAUAACAAGCAUGAAAUACGCACUGGACAGCCGCCAGCACCGCCAAGCACUCCAGAACCUCCAGUGGAAUCGGAGUCUACUCAGGCUCCGGUAGAGUCAACGCCUGAAGCACCUGUGCAGUCUACUCAGGCCCCGGCAGAGUCCACCCCAGAAACUCCAGAGAAAUCUACCCAAGCACCAGAGGAAUCUACGACUGAAGUACCUGAGGAAACUACCCCGGCGCCGGAAGAGCCCGUAGAAACCACUAAGGCCCCAGAGGAACCAGAGGAUUCUACAACCGAAGGUUCGGGUGACCCUCAAGAAACCACUCAGGCACCCGAUGACCCAACUGAGACUACCCAGGCACCAGAAGAACCAGAGGAUUCAACAACCGAAGGUUCGGGUGACCCUGAAGAAACCACUCAGACACCCGAAGAACCAACAGAAACUACCCAGGCACCCGAAGAGCCUGAGAAGUCAACUAAGGUACCCGAAGAACCUACAGAAACUACCCAGACACCCGAAGAGUCUACCCCGGCACCGGAAGAACCUGAAGUGUCUACGAAGGGAACAGAGGAGCCAGAGGAGUCAACCAAGGCACCCGAAGAACCGACAGAAACUACACAGGCACCUGAAGAGUCUACCCAGGCACCGGAAGAGCCUGAAGUGUCUACCAAGGGAACAGAGGAGCCUGAGGAGUCAACCAAGGCACCCGAAGAACCGACAGAAACUACACAGGCACCUGAAGAGUCUACCCAGGCACCGGAAGAGCCUGAAGUGUCUACCAAGGGAACAGAGGAGCCUGAGGAGUCAACCAAGGCACCCGAAGAACCGACAGAAACUACACAGGCACCUGAAGAGUCUACCCAGGCACCGGAAGAGCCUGAAGUGUCUACCAAGGGAACAGAGGAGCCUGAGGAGUCAACCAAGGCACCCGAGGAGCCGACCGAGACAACCAAGACACCCGAAGCAUCAACGACCGAAGGCUCCGGCGAAUCCGCUGAGUCAACGACCGAGUCGGUGGAGGGCAGCGGAUCGGCAAGUGCAUAAGUACUCCCUUAGGAGCAGAAGUAGGAAUUUAAUUAUAAGCUCGAUGUAACGCGAUGAUAGCUAAACAAAAAGGCAAUUGAAAACCAAGUGUACUGAUGGUUUUUUAUGCUAUUAUUAUUAUGUUAUUAUAAGUAGUUGGUUUUAUUUUAAUUAUACGAUUGAUAAAUCACA